AUGUCUCUGAACGCCGAUCCAGCUUUUCAACAACUGAAAGCUUAUUUCACUUCGACUGGCAAGCAGUUGAAACUUGUGGAACUCUUCAAAAAUGAUCCAAAACGUUUCGAAAAAUUCAGACACUCCAUAUUUUGCAGCACUGAACUGCAAACACCCGAUGGACCAAUUCUGUUCGAUUAUUCGAAAAAUUUGAUCGAUGAGACUCUGCUCAGCAAAUUGCUUGAUGUGGCUCGUUCGCGUCAUGUCGAGAAGAUGCGUGAUGCGAUGUUUGCGGGUGAGAAGAUCAACUUCACCGAAGGUCGUGCCGUUUUACAUACGGCACUUCGCAAUGUUAACAAUAAGCCGAUCACUCUGGAUGGACAAAAUGUGACAGAUGCUGUGAACAAAGUUUUGGAACACAUGAAGAAGUUUUGUGAUGCUGUCAUUAGCGGUGAAUGGAAAGGUUACACGGGAGAGAGAAUUACGGAUGUGGUUAACAUCGGAAUCGGUGGUUCUGACUUGGGUCCACUAAUGGUUUCUGAAGCGCUUCGUCAUUAUCAAGUUGGUCCGCGAGUGCAUUUCGUGUCGAAUAUCGAUGGUACACAUAUGGCCGAAGUGCUGAAGAAGGUGAAACCCGAAACGACGAUCUUCAUAAUCGCCUCGAAAACCUUCACAACUCAAGAAACAAUCACCAACGCUGAAUCGGCCAAAGAAUGGUUCCUGGAUGCGGCUAAAGAUAAAUCAGCUGUUGCAAAGCAUUUUGUUGCCUUGUCAACGAAUGGACCGAAAGUGCGUGAUUUCGGAAUCGAUGAAGCGAAUAUGUUCGAAUUCUGGGAUUGGGUCGGCGGUCGCUACUCACUUUGGUCUGCAAUUGGUCUUUCGAUAGCCGUUCAUAUCGGUUUCGAGAACUUCCAUAAGCUGCUCGAAGGUGCCAGCUUGGCUGACGAACACUUCCUGCACACACCAUUGGAAAAGAAUAUUCCCAUAUUGAUGGCCAUGAUUGGUGUGCUCUACAUCAAUCUUCAUGGUUCAGAAACACAAGCGCUUUUGCCGUAUGAUCAGUAUAUGCAUCGUUUUGCUGCUUACUUCCAGCAAGGUGAUAUGGAGAGCAAUGGUAAAUUCGUGACGAGAGAUGGAUCUCGAGUGGACUAUUCGACCGGUCCAAUUGUUUGGGGUGAGCCGGGUACGAAUGGCCAGCAUGCCUUCUAUCAACUCAUCCAUCAAGGAACUCGCCUCAUUCCGGCCGAUUUCAUUGCACCAGUCAAGACACUCAAUCCGAUUCGAAAUGGUCUUCAUCAUGAGAUCUUACUUUCGAACUUCCUCGCUCAAACAGAGGCUCUGAUGAAGGGUAAAACUCCGGAUGAGGCAAGAAAGGAAUUGGUCGCAGCAAAAAUGAGUGAAGACAAAAUUGCAAAGAUUCUCCCGCAUAAGGUAUUCGAAGGAAAUCGUCCAACCAAUUCAAUUGUUCUACCAAUCAUUAGUCCGCUAACGUUAGGUGCGUUGAUAGCACUCUACGAACAGAAGAUUUUCGUGCAAGGCAUUGUAUGGAACAUUAACAGCUACGAUCAAUGGGGGUUUGUUUUUGCUUUUUUUUCAAUUCAUUUUUUAAUUCACCAUUCCGCUGUUUUCGUUGAUUUUGAAAGAAGACGUUUCCAAAUUCUAAUCUGGAUGUUCUGA